AUGGCCGGAAAACGCAAGAGCGAUACAUCUUCUUCUGCUCCCACGAAGAAAGCGCGCAAGCAAGUCUCGGUUGACGCGUCUGAUCUCGUCGCGUCCAUCCUAGAUGAAGGCGAAAACUUUCAAUUCCCCGAAGAUGAUGAAACCAUUCUCGAAGACAUGCUGCGCUUGGCGCGUUAUGCUCGCAGUCUUGAAGACGCUGCGGAAGCUUUGAAACCGAAGACGAAGUCUCCGCAGGAAAUCCAGGCAGCAGCUGGGAAGUUAAGGGCCGUAGCUGUCAGCGGUAUCCAGAAACAGAUGAGCUGGAAGCCGUCGUGCAAGACGGGCUCGUCUAAAUGGGCAUACGACGGCGUAUGCGCCGAUCCAGCAGUGUUUGCAGCUAUGCUGGGGCUGGAGCUACCCAUUAAGUUCAAGAUGAAGAAAAUACCUAUCGCAGACUUUGAGAACUUGAUGGGUGAUAUUCAAGGGCACGCUCGAUACAACACCCUGUACCUCAAGGGUGAUCACGUUAACGUUCAUUGGAAGGCCGAAGAAGGUACUUUCAAAUUUAGCGGCUCCUACGGCGCGUAG